GAGCCAUUUCUCCUAUGAGAAGCGGUCUUUGAGUUAUAAAAGUGCACGGAUCGUGCGGGGGGGUGCGCGUCUGUGUGUAGUGAGGCUUGGAGAGAACCGCCACCCGCCCCUCACCCACCGCGAGGAGUUUUUGGUCGUUUUUUCCGGACCCAACCCUGAUGGGAUCCGCUGGCAUUAAGAUGUACGACUGCGCACCUCUGCAGGGUCAUAAACGACCAAGUCCCCUCUGUCCUGGUCACUGUACUGCCUUCUCUCGCCUGCCAAUACCCAUGUUAGACAGAGACAAAUUUCUCCAAUUUUAUUAUUGUUUUCGCUCUGCGUCGCUCUCGCACCCUCCCCGGCCGGGCAAGAUCUAUAAACCCGGCGGUACCUUCCGCGAAGCCUUACCCCCCUUUCAGUGUAACAUCCCCUGUUGCAAAGAAAUGUCGGACGAUUAUACACAAAGUCUGGCUGUGUCACUAGUGUAUCUACUGCCCUGGUGCCACCAUCGUGCUCUCUCCAGUUCUCCAGGAUCACCUGCAACUAACUCUGGAGAUAUCACAGCAUCCAUCACCUCCUCUGGUUGGCUCAGUUAGUUGUGGAGACACGUGGAGUGGAGGUCGGUGCCGGCUGGAUUUUGGGUGAAACUACUCAUGACGUGUGCAGCAGUUCCAGGGUGACAGCUCGUCCCAGUGAAGGUAUGUC